UCUUUCAUCUCUUUCGUCUCUUCCCUUCUCCCAUAUCUCCGUCGAGAUCGCAAGUUUCACGGCGUCGAUCAGCUUCAAAAACUCAUCGGAAUCUCAUCUCUGCAACUCCAGAUUCAUGGCUCCAUAUCAUUCCGAAUCACAACUCUAAUCCCUAGGAACCAACCAUAAUCCCUGCUAAACCACCAGAAUCAAUGUCGUCGUCUUCCACUUCUAUAAUGGACAACUUGUUCCAACGAAGUCUCGAGGAUCUGAUCAAAGGCUUUCGUCUCCAGCUUCUCGGAGAAUCCAAUUUCAUUUCCAGAGCUCUAGAAGAAAUCCGCCGCGAGAUCAAAGUCACAGAUCUCUCCACUAAAUCCACCGCACUUCACAAGCUCUCUUACCUCGCUGCACUUCACGGCGUCGACAUGUCGUGGGCGGCGUUUCACGCUGUCGAAGUCGUAUCCUCUUCACGAUUCCAGCACAAGAGGAUCGGUUACCAAGCAAUUACUCAGUCGUUCCAUGAACAGACCUCGGUUCUGCUCCUGAUUACUAACCAGGUUCGAAAGGAUUUGACUAGUGCUAAUGAAUAUGAGGUAAGUCUAGCUUUGGAAUGUUUGUCUAGGAUUGGAACUCAGGACCUAGCUAGAGAUUUGACUCCUGAAGUGUUUACACUUUUGGGUAGUAGUAAAGCUUUUGUUAAGAAGAAAGCAAUUGGUGUUGUUUUGAGGGUUUUCGAGAAGUAUCCUGAUGCUGUUAAGGUAUGUUUCAAACGUCUUGUUGAGAAUCUUGAAAGCUCUGAUCCGCAGAUUCUGUCUGCUGUUGUUGGAGUGUUCUGUGAGCUUGCCACAAGAGAUCCUGGAUCUUGUCUUCCUUUAGCUCCUGAGUUUUAUAAAGUAUUGGUUGAUUCAAGGAACAAUUGGGUUCUGAUUAAGGUUCUUAAAAUAUUUGCUAAGUUGGCUUCGAUUGAGCCUAGGUUGGGUAAGAAAGUGGCUGAGCCGAUCUGUGAACAUAUGAGGAGGACUGUGGCAAAGUCUCUGGUGUUUGAGUGUAUUAGAACUGUGGUGAGUAGCUUGAGUGAUCAUGAAGCAGCUUUGAAACUUGCUGUUGCAAAGAUUCGGGAGUUUCUUGUGGAAGAUGAUCCAAAUCUCAAGUAUCUUGGUCUUAACGCCUUGUCUAUUGUUGCUCCAAAGCAUUUGUGGGCAGUUUUGGAGAACAAAGAGGCUGUUGUCAAGGCUCUGAGCGAUGAGGAUCCAAAUGUGAAACUCGAGGCAUUACAUCUCUUAAUGGCGAUGGUGAAUGAAGAUAAUGUGUCGGAAAUCUCCAGGAUUCUUAUGAAUUAUGCACUCAAAUCAGACCCAUUGUUCUGCAACGAGAUUAUAUAUUCUGUCUUAUCAGCAUGCUCCAGGAAUGCAUUUGAGAUCAUAGUUGAUUUUGAUUGGUAUGUGUCUCUUCUUGGUGAGAUGGCUAGAAUCCCUCAUUGUCAAAGAGGGGAAGAGAUUGAGCAUCAGUUGAUCGAUAUCGGUAUGAGGGUUAGUGAUGCUAGACCGCAGCUAGUCCGUGUUUCUUGGGCACUUCUCAUUGAUCCUGCAUUGCUCGGAAACUUGUUCUUGCACCCGAUAUUAUCUGCAGCUGCGUGGAUUUCGGGGGAAUACGUUGAGUUCUGUAAGAAUCCAUAUGAAACUGUGGAGGCACUUUUGCAACCACGCACUGGUCUCUUGCCGCCCUCCAUAAGAGCUAUCUACAUACAUUCAGCUUUCAAAGUUCUUGUCUUCUGUCUCAGGUCUUACUUCUCGGCUAAGGAAUCCAUUUUGUCAUCCUCGGCUCAGGAGUUUAGUUCUACCUCUUCAUCCAUGAAUGCUUUCACAUAUGAAUCUAUACUGAAUCUGGUGAAUGUGAUUGAGCUUGGUUUGGGGCCGUUAUGUGGAACCCAUGAUGUGGAAGUGCAGGAGAGAGCUAAGAAUGUUUUAGGAUUCAUUGGUAUGUUAAAGCAAGAAUUAGGUGAGAAAUUAGACCUCCAAGACAAUGAAACAGAAGCUUUUAGAGUCACGGCAUUCAUGGAAGAUUUGUUCUCAGAGGAGCUCGGUCCUGUUUCUACAACUGCACAAGAAAAGGUUUGUGUACCAGAUGGAUUAAAGCUGAAAGAGAAUCUCAGGGAUCUGGAAGAGAUCUGUGGGGAAUUUCUUAAACCCGUGGAAUCGGAUUCGGUUUCAUACAUGGACAAGAUCAGCUUCUCUGUCUCCAAACUCAGAAUCAGAGAUCAACAAGAAACCUCCUCAUCAUCAUCUCCUCCACAUGAAGCUUCGUCUCUGCUAGCUGAACACCGCAAACGCCAUGGCAUGUAUUAUCUUCCUUCCCAAAAGGACGAUCCAGAUAGCAACGGCACGCCGAGCGAUUAUCCUCUGGCAAAUGAAUUAGCAAACGAGAUAUCCCCAAAUGCGUUUAACCCCAAGAGAAAGCCGAGUCAAUCUAAACCGAGGCCUGUAGUAGUGAAACUAGACGAGGGAGAUGAAUUAAGAAUCACUCCUCAAGCAAAAACGACUAUAGAGACAGGUAACGAUGAUGAAUCUUUGUCCCGGGCAAUCCAAAGCGCUCUGCUAGUAAAGAACAAGGGAAAAGAGAAAGACAAGUUUGAGACAAAUCCGAAUUCGGGACAACGGGAAAAAGAAGAGAGCUCCAGAAUAGAAGAAAAUCACCAGAACUCAGAGAAGAAGAAGAAGAAGAAGAAAAAGAAGAAGAAUGGAGAGGGAAGUAGUAAGCAUAAAUCGCGAGGGAGAAACCAAGCAGCUGCUGCUUCAGAACAAGUUGUAAUCCCAGAUUUUCUCUUGUGAGUUUUGUGUUCUUUGAGAGUGUUGUUUAUGUGCGACCAAACGUAACGUGUUGUGUAAUUCUUUUCUUUUGUGUAUAGCAAUUUUUAUGUAUUGGUUUC